CUGAAACAUCAUGUUGAUAUACAAGCAAAACUUGUAGCAAAAAAAGCAAAAUUAUUUGAAAAAGGAAUAAUCAAGAAGUAUGAUGGACCUGGAAGACCAUCAAUGGCAAUGUGUUAUUCAGACUUUUGGGAUAAAAUCUAUAGCUGGGUUGAAUUUGAAGCUGUUCAUACAAAAAGAAGAAAAACCAUUAUCAAA